AUGUGCAUGCGAUUCAGCUCUUCUCCGUGCAGCGAAGGGCGGCUAUCCCUGCCUAAACUGUCUGUCGAACCGCUCGGUGACAACUACGAAGAUGACCAAGAGGACGACCACGAGGACUUGCGCUGGCCUGUGGCUGGCUUGGCUCACUACCACAGCUGGUUGAUGAAGCUUCCCGUCCGGGAAGAGUGGACGGCCCCACCAUCAGCGUUGCUCGUGACAAACCGCCAGAGCCCUCAAUAUAUCGGGUUGCUCGUUGCUGUCAUGGUCGAAAUCACCCCUUAUCAACGCCGCCUGGUGGCGGUCAUCCCGGGUCGAAGACCAGAGGGAACGGUAGCGGCAACCAACUCAGGAGACAAGUACUACAUCUACUCAAGCAAAACCGGUAAAUCGUCUGGGGGCAAUGUCCAUGUCCUCUCGCCGUCGCCCAAGAAUGUUGACAAUUUUCUCUUCCUCCUUCCGGACCAAGGCAUUAUUCUCAGCGCAGAGCCGUCCGGAAUAUCUGCAUCUUUGGAUGCCACCGACAGGUGGGACACAUGGAUGACCAACUGGGACCCCAGUGGCCAGGUCUCGGUGACAUACGACAACGCGAAAGAUCUGAACAUCCAGUCAUUCGAGUUCCGCCUCAAAGUCCCCUGGGAUGUCACCUUUAGCUCCAGCGCCGAUGCUAUCAAGUUUGCGUUCGGCACCAGAACGCUGGAUAGUAGCUCGCUUGUCCCAAGUCCCGGAAUGACGGACGACGGCACGCCGCUGUACCUUGGUCUCGACCCCGAGGCGACUCCCAACAACUUGAAAUCGACGGUUGGCAAUCUUUACACAUUCGCUGGUCUGGACACCCUUGGCAAAUCUCUACCGAUCAAAGGCCUGGCUGGACUGGGCGUCACGCUCAAGCUUGACAACGCGGGUGAGAAGCGAAACGCCCUGUGGUUCAGUCCAGAUCUGCAGCUGAAGACCACCAUGCGGCUCCAAUUCGAUAUUGAUGGGGCCGAGGUGUUGGAAGAAGCGCUGAGGGCUUUUCUCCCGGGGCUUGACUUUCAAGGCGUGAGCAUCGCCUGCAAGAAGACGAUGGUGCUUGUGGGAACCAACAAGGGAGCCCAACCCGUCGCGACUGGCGAAAUCGAAAUCGAGAUCGACUGUUCGGUCCAGCCCCCGUCCGGGGAUCCCGUCAAGAUGCUCCUCGCUCUCCAGAUCUCGAAGAACAAUUACGAACUGACGUUCAAAAUAAAGCCCGAGUCUAAAGAUGGUUUGACGGGAAUCAUCGGCUGGCUGAUUGGUCUGCUGCCUCAGGGGUCGGGCGUAGACUCUGUCGAGAAUGUCCUAGCCAGCGAUAAUCUCUUCAAGGACCACAUCUUCCUCCGCCGGUUGAAGGUUGCUGUAGAUGCCUCAGGAUCUUCGCCCAAGAUUGCGGGCGUGAGCCUCGAUAUCGAGGUGUCUGGCACCUUUGGUCAGGGGAGCGACCAGAGCCAGCGAGUGGCGUUUUUAGUCUCAUACAACUGGUCGGCGGGCAUGGGCACGCUGGGAACCAUCAGUGGCAGUUUCUGGAACUGGUUCAACUCUGACGAUGCCCGCGUUCUCAACCCCAACUACCGGGCGGCAUCCGACUUACUGCCAGUCACGAAUACCCCGGCAACCGCACUCGACGUGGUCACAUUGAUUCCUGGUCAGAAAGUCGAUACUCUACCUGCCAAUGUGCCCACCCAGGUCACCAAGGCCAGCAUCUACCUCUCACAAUCCCAGUUCGCCAUCCAAGCCACCCUUCAGUCCAAGGAUUCUACCACAGGCGAAAAGGAGUCUACUGUCCCCCAGAUCGACCUCGGAAGGAUCGACCUGUCUGCUUCGUACAGCUGGGGCAGCCAGAAGGACUUCAAGCUCAGCCUAGGCAUCACGUCUGUCUUGAUCCCGAGCAAGACCUCCAAACACCCCGAGUCGGCCAUUCUCACAGGCUCCUUGGACUACAGCUCCGGCGAUAAGACGUGGGAGCUAAAGGCUUCGCUCCAAAGCCUCUACGCUUCCACUCUCUGCGAGUUCUUCGACCCGGACUCGGUCGAUCAUGUGAUCCCUCUGAUUGAUUCUCUUGUCAUCGACCACCUGACUCUGGACUACAAGUACACGGGUUCGUCAGAGGUCCAGGGGAAAGCUGUCGGGACCUACUUCAAGUUUGACGGCCUGAUUCUCGUCGGCGGUUUGGCUCUUCAGCUUGAUUUCCAUUACGAGAAUCAGAAGCCAUGGAGUUUUACCGCAACUCUCCAGCCACAGGACAAGGAGGCCACCAUCGGAUCUGUCCUGUCGGACAUUCUCGGCGACGACGACCUGGACUUACCAACGUUCCUGGCGGACACCAAGAUCAGCGCCAAGGACAGUCCGGGCGGCAUCAAGUUAGAUGUCGAGAAAUCCCCCGGGGCGGAAGGGGUGUUCCAGUUCAUGUCCUCUAUCCAGGUCGGAGAACUAGAACUCACUUUCGCGCAGAUCCAUCUGGCCGAGUGGGACGCCAAGAUACCCUCGAAGCGCUUCGUCAAGUUUGCUCUCGUCGGCCUGCCGGAAGUCGAUUUACCCCUGAUCGGCGACCUCACACAGCCCUUCGACGAGAUGUACCUGAUGUGGGUACAGGACGGGACCGGCCUCAACAAGGCAUCCCCAGGGUUGACCCGUCAAGAGAUCGAUGACCUCAACAAGACCCUGACCGACCACCCGCUAGUACCCAAAGACAAGUUCCAGAGCCCGGCCCCCAAGGACGUGCUCAUCUCUGCGGGAUCCCAUUUCGCCAUCAUCACCAAGGACCAACAGGGCGUCCGGACUUGCGUCUUGGACUACGACUUUAAGAAGUCUCAGCCGCAGCAGCAACCCAAGCCACCGAAGCAAGCCAAGGCACUCACGCUCGCUGGAGAAGAAGAAGAAGAAGAACAAGACGACGACGACUUGGAGGCAGAGGGCCCACCAAAGCCUGACUCGGACGGGAACAGCUCCUCGGCCCCGUUCAAAAAGAAAUCCGGCCCGCUGGCCAUCAGCAACAUCGGUCUCAAAUAUGCCGACAAGACCCUCCACAUCCAGUUCACAGCCACCUUCGAGCUCGGCCCCCUGGGCUUCUCCCUCAUCGGCUUCAGCAUCAACCUGCAGAUCACCUCACUCCAUCUCGACGGGAUCACGAUGUUACUCCCGAGCCUCGAGGGCCUGUCUGCGUCCUUUGAAAAACCCCCGCUGACUAUCGCCGGCAUCAUCAGACAUGGAAAGUCCGAGAAUCUCGACUACUACGCCGGCGGCCUCAUUAUCGGAUGGGUGCCCUAUCAACUCCAAGCAGCCGGAUUCUACGGCGACGCCCUUCCCGAGGGAUCGACAGACCCCAAUAAGAGAUUCAAGUCGGUGUUCGUAUUCGCCCGACUCGAUGGCCCGCUUGUCACACUCGAAUUUGCCGAGAUAUCAGGAGUGACGGGCGGGUUCGGUUACAAAUCCGAGGUUCGCGUACCCACGGCCGACCAGGUCGUCAAUUUCCCCUUUGUCAAAUCCACUAGCCUGGCGGGAGCCACCGAAAGCGCCCUGACGACGCUGGAGAGACUCACGAGUCCAAAGGCGGACGGGUGGUUCAAGCCGCUGGACGACACGUAUUGGGCCGCGGCGGGCAUGAAGAUUGAUGCCUUCCAGAUGAUCUCGCUCGAUGCGGUGGCUGUGAUCCAGUUUGGCCAGUCGAUCAAAAUGGGCCUGUUCGCUGUUGCGCUGGCCGACAUUCCCACCUCGGCGUCCAAAGUCAAGUUCGCCCACGUCGAACUGGGAAUUGCGGUGGUGAUCGAUCUAGAUUAUGGCACGCUCAAGGCAGAGGCCCAGUUGUCUCCCAAUUCCUACAUUCUGGAUCCCAACUGCCAUCUGACGGGCGGGUCUGCACUGUACUAUUGGUUUGAUGCCCCCCACGCCGACCGGUCGCUGAUUGGGGAUUUCGUGUUUACCCUGGGAGGGUACCACCAGGCGUUCGCGGUGCCGGCUGGGUAUCCCAACCCCCCACGUCUGGCCAUCAGCUGGAGUCUGGGAAGUAACUUGUCCAUCACCGGACAGGCGUACUUUGCCAUCACACCCAAGGCGUGCAUGGGCGGCGGGAGAUUGCAUGCUGCCUUCCACGCGGGACCGAUCGAGGCGUGGUUUGAUGCGUUCGCCGACUUCUUGAUCAACUACAAGCCGUUCCACUUCCUUGCCGAGGCCGGAAUCAGCGUUGGUGUCCGGUUCAACCUGGAUGUCCUCUUCAUUCACAUCCAUAUCUCGGUGGAAGUGGGCGCCGACCUGACACUCUGGGGUCCGCCAAUGGCCGGGCGAGUGCAUGUCGAUAUCAAGGUGGCCAAAUUCGACAUCAACUUUGGCAGCGCUGGGGACGAUAAACCUCCCGCCUCACUACUGGAGUUUUACCAUCUGGUAUUGCAAGCCAGUAGCAAACAGACCAAGACCACCGCCGCCGCCGCUACCGCCCCCAAGGCCCUGGCAGAGUUCGAGAGGUCCCGGGUCAUUGAACUCGACGAUGACGACCAGCCCCUAUUACCACAAGCCGCAGAGGCAGAGGAAGAAGGCGAGGAUGACCCCCCGAAAAAAGACGAAGGCCACACGUUUCUCGCGCAAUCCGGCCUGAUGAACGACACCGACAAGCCCGAGCGAGACCACAACCAGACGUGGACGGUGCGGGGUGGAACCUUCUCGUUUGUGGUCGGGUGCAAGAUAGCCAUAGCAAAAGCGGAGCAGGUCGACGAGAAAGAUAAACCCAUCGCGACUGUCGAGUAUACGGAUGAAACCAUCUACGCCAAACCGAUGCAUCUGACGGAUGCUCUUGAUUCGAGCGUCAAGAUCUCGAUCACGCAGGAGGACAGUCAUGAGCCGCCCAAGGUGUGGCCUAUGGAGAAGUUUGUCAAGUCGGUCCCGACGGGGUUGUGGGCUAAGUAUAACGACCGCUCCGACCCCUCCAAGAGCGGUAACAACAUUAGCGAGCUGCUCGACACCUCAGACGGCGGUAUAAGGCUGAUGAUGGGCGUGCUGCUGACCGGCCCGCCGCCCUUCAUGUCCGAGGACAAGCUGCCCACAUUCAUCAUCUUGGAUGCCAACCUGGAGGAUCUUGACGCUGUGAGAAAAUUCCCCGUCCCCGUGCCGGCAAGCGAGGAGUGGGUGGGUGCGCAGCCUCAGGAGGGUAAGGCCCAGUGGGACGAGGUGCAUAGAAUGUGGGAGACACCCAAUUGGGAUAGCGAUGCCGCCGCCGCGUUAGGGGGGAAGGAUGAAGAGGAGGAGGGUGAGCGAGAGGAGGAGAAGGACGGUGUUCAGACGACUUUUGUGGCGACGUGGGCUGUCGCCUUUGGUUGGGAUGCUGCGCUAGCGAAGAUGGCCAAGAUGCCGCUAUUGCUGGAAAAAAGGUUUGAUCAGCUGUAUGUUGCCGCGCCGUUGUUGACUAAGUAGGACUGGUUAAGGGAAUCGAUCUUCGGGGGUUGGUAGUAAUUAUUUACAAUCGCAGUGGUUUUGAUCCGUCCGUAAGCAUAUGCCCUGCCUCUCCGCGCAUCGCGCCGUGGGCGUAGGC